AUGCCUCACGUAACUGACCCAGUGCCCUACAGUCUACACUCCCAGAACUCUCAGAUGUCCAGUAGUUGUCAGAGCAUCAACAGUGUGGCCAGUGAGGGCGAGGGCAGCAGUGUGGCCAGUCACAGCUGUCUGUCUGGUGGUGGUGGUGGAGGAGGGAGAAGACACUGCUUCAUCCCCUACAGGGACUCAGUCCUCACCUGGCUCCUCAAAGACAGCCUGGGAGGAAACGCUAAGACCAUCAUGAUCGCCACUGUGUCCCCAUCCAGUAGCAGCUACAAUGAGACUCUCAGCACCCUGCGCUACGCUGCUCAUGCUAGGAACAUCGUCAACAAGCCCAGGGUCAAUGAGGAUGCGAGUGUGAGGCUGAUCCGAGAGCUACGCGAGGAGAUAGACAGGCUGAAGUGUACGCUUCUCAGCUUCCAAAUGCAACGGAAUCCUGGCCCUUCUCUGAGUGAUCAGAGAGACGGGAGUCUGUCUGACAUCGUGUUGCAGAAUGAACUAAAGGUGGAUGAGCUGACGAAGGACUGGUCAGAGAGCUGGCGGGACAAGAAGGAUCUGUUGGAACAGUACAGUGUGGAUAUCAACAGAGACCGGGGUGGGUUCCUCAUCCACUCCCUGUUACCACAUCUCAUUACCCUGGACCGGGACGUACUCAGCACCGGGGUCACCUUCUAUCACCUCAGGGAGGGGGUAACAAGGAUUGGACCUCAGGACAAACUGGUUGAAUCACAAAUAGUCCUCCAGGGUGGCACCACCUGUGAGAUAGAGAACCAGUCUGGGGUUGUGACCCUGAGGCCGCUGCCAGGGACUGUCUGCAUGAUCAAAGACAGGGUGGUGACGGAGCCCUGCAGACUGGCACAAGGGACCUUGAUCACUCUUGGAGGUGUCCACAAGUUCCGUUUCAACCACCCAGCAGAGGCUGAGGUCAUGAGAGAACGGAGACAGGCCAGUGAAGGUGCACUGAACUGCAGCUACAAUGAUUUUCAAGCCUUGACCUCUGAUUCCAGGGCUGGAGGAGAGGCAGUCCAGGGGCAGACAGGUGACCGUGAGGCUGAGGGGAAGGAGCCUCCCCCCAGGCAGCAGUGUGUUGAGGACCAGCUGCGGUGCGUGGAGGAGCAGAGGGGGUAUGUGGAGUGUCUACGCCAAGAAAUCCAGACUGAACAGAGACGAGCUGAGAGAAAUCUAGAGAAAGAACAGGCCCAUCUGAGACAACGACACACUGACACUCCCAUCCUAGACAGCCUGCUAACGGAAGAUUCUGAAGGUUCUGAUGAAGAGUGUGAUCAAAGAGUUGCUCCGCCCUCUAAAGUGGUUCUAUACAGGAAGAAGGUGGUUCAGGAGGAGUUGUUAAGACAUCAUACCCUGCGGCACGCCGAGAGCCAUGUUCGACGCAAAAGGCUGCACUACCAGCUGGAGAGGAUCGCUCACAAGCGCCAUCUACUGGACGCUAAGAGGGAACUGCAGAGGCUAGAGAAGGCCCUGCCACCUGGACUAGAGAGCCCUGUGUCUCCUGGCCUGGGGUCUCCCUCAAGGUCAAGAGGACGUCAACCUGUUUUGCGCAGGCAUUCUGUCUCAUCAGACCUGCUGUCCCGCUUAUACCCCCAACACACCCCAAUCUUCAGGUCAGCACAACCACUUCCUGAAGAGAAACAGACUAUCUGA